CUAUUUAACUAUUGAGUAGGAGUUAUUGCACCAGUUGUCGCGCGUUUUUUAAUAUUAGUGUUACUGCUGGUAUUUCGGUUGUCCUCUGUUUGUAUCUUGGGAUGCCUAUCCACAGACACAUUAAAAACGUAGUACAUAACUACACAGAUGCUGAAAGAAAAGUCCGUGAAGCCACUUCGAAUGAUCCAUGGGGUCCUAGUAGCACUUUAAUGGCUGAAAUAGCAGACAAAACUCACAACGUAAUGGCAUUCACGGAAAUAAUGCAAAUGAUAUGGCGAAGAUUGAAUGAUAAAAGUAAAAAUUGGCGUCAUGUGUACAAGUCACUUGUUCUGCUGGAUUAUUUAACGAAAACAGGCAGCGACAAGGUGGCUACACAAUGUCGGGAAAAUAUUCAUUCGAUUGAAACACUCAAAGAUUUUGAAUAUGUUGAAGAUGGAAAAGAUUGUGGUCAAAAUGUUCGUGAGAAAGCACGUCUAUUAAGUUCACUGCUUAGAGAUGAAGAACGUCUGCACGAAGAACGUACAAAAGCUUUACUAGCUCGUGAUCGUUUAAUGCACGGUGGACUUGGCAUAACAGCGUCUGCUUCAGCUGGUGGUGAUUCACCAAAUAAAUAUGGAUUUUCAUCCUCUGGUCGUAGUAGUUAUCCAAUUGGAUAUCCUGGUUCAAGUUAUUUUGAAAAAUCAACCUUACCUUUACCAUCAAAAUCCCCUGUCCCGCAUGCUUCAACUGAACUUGAAUCGGUUAGGCCACAAUCUGCUGGUGAAGAACAACUUCAUUUGCAACUCGCUUUAGCUAUCAGUAAAGAAGAACAUGAUAGAGAGGAACGCCGAAGACGAGCUGAAGAGGCAAAAGAAGAAGCCAAAGUACAAAUGGUGAUAGAACAGAGUCGUCGAGAAGAACAGAAGGAUAAAUCAAGUCGACAUUCAACAUCAAAUAUUCCUUCAGCAUCUAGUGCUUUUGAAUCACCAUCGUACACGUCUAGUGGUGGAUUAUUCAGCCUAGUUGAUACUUCAUUAUCGGCUGCACCAGCUCAUCUACCAGAUCCAUGGUCAACACCGUUAGUACCUCCAAACAAUCCUCUGAAUAAUACAUCAUCGCCUACUCCGUCUACUUCGUUUACUAAUACGCCGGGUCCUUCAACGUCGACAUUUCCACUUAUACCUAUUGAUGAUCCUUGGAGUCCCAAAAGUCAGCCAAAUGUUCAAGCCUAUCCUACAGCAAAUAAUAAUUCAGAUAAUGUGUGGAAUUUAGAAUCGACUUUAGGCGCUACCCUACCGUCUACAUCUGAUGCAUAUAAUGAAUCGAAUAAUCCAUUAAGCCAUAAUCAACAACAGCAUACUAAUAAUCAUGUGAACACAACCAACAACACCAACACUGUCACUGCCACUCCAGCUACCAACACCAUGACCAACAACAAUGGUCACUUUGAUUUUGAUUUAAAUGGGAAUGUAGCUAAUAAUAAUAACGACAGUUUCCAACAACAACAACAACAACCCCAGGCUGUUGCUUCUUCUUCGUCUCCUUCUUCUUCUUCUGCUCAAACCAAUCAGGCCUCUUCAUCAGCCAACGAAUUGCAACAAGACCAACAACCUGUACGUAAACGAACUCCUGCUGACUUCUUAGGUGAACAUCAAAAACUGGUUGAUUUAGAAAAAUUGGUUGAGAAAAAUCCAGAUCAUCUAUAUGUUAACUGUAUCUGCGUCGGCGGCACAGUGGUUAGGACUCUCGUCGACCAUGCACAUGGCCCGAGGUUCGAUUCCCUGCCGACAUACACCUGAUAUCUAUGGUCGGCCUGCGAAAUUUGGGCUACCGAUAUCCAUGCUGAAAAUUCCAUACUUGUACCAAAAAUACACUGUGGAAUCAAGCUCCUCAACGAAUCCGUUUACAGUUGGCCCCAAGUCUAUAACAGGCGCUGCAUCGAAUCCAUUCAUAGCUAAUCAACCUAUAAAACCAUCGUUGAAUCAGUUGGCACCAACACCAGCCGCCGCGGCUGCCGUCGCCGCUUUACCAGGACCAAGUUAUUAUAAUCCUUCAGUGAAUACUCCUAUUGCUACUAAUACUAAUCCAAUGUAUUAUCCGGUUCGACCUUAUUUCGCUGCCGCCGCCGCUGCUGCUGCCGCUGCCGCUGCAAAUGUCCAACCUAAUUAUGUUGUAUCGAUGAAUUCCAAUGCUGCUUGGUCUGUUCUAGACGGUUCCGGUGGCGGUAAUAUGAUGCAUCAACAACAGACAAGUAGCUUGAAUCCAUUUUAUUGAAAUUGUUUCUUCUGGUUUUGUUUGUUUUUUAAUUUUUAAUUUCAACGUUGUUAUCACAUAUAACACUAAUAAUUAACUAACUGAUUGGCUUAUAUAUGAUCACUACUCACCAUCGCGUACAAUCUGUCUGACACUCUAUAAUUUUGUUUGGAAUCAGUUGCUUUUCUCUCUGUGUGUGUUUCUUAUCUACUUUACUAUUUCCUGUUAAAUUUAUUUACUUUCCUAAGAAACAGUGGUGAAAUACCUCCAGACGAUUCUCCAUCUCUCUUAUGUGUGAUAAUUUGCAGUGAUAUAUCGAAUGCCACUUGUAUGCACAGUGUGUGUAUGGAUUUCAACAUUUUUUGCAGACAAUCAAACUGGAGUAGUGAGAGUGUUCAUUGCUUUCUUCUUCUUUGUGUGUGUGUGUGUGUGUGUGUGUUAACAUAGAUUUGCAAAAUAGAGUUGUCAGGGAUCUUUCAUUGUUCUUCAGUAAGCUGGUGAUUGAUUAUAUAACCCUCAACAAUACACACAUACAUACGUCAUCCACCUAUCACCAAUUGUCCAUCCAUCCAUCUAUGCAUCCGUCUACAAAUUUGCAGUUAUAUUUAGGCUCAUUUUCACAGUAUUUAAACGUAAACGUAUAUUAUAACAGACAUACACGAUUUCGCCCCCUUUUUACUUCUCUGUUUUUGUGUUCCAUAGUUUUUUUGUCGGUCUUGCUGAUGUUUAUUGUGUUCCUGUGAGUGUGAGGUCGGUGCGACUGACACCCCCACCGCCACAACUGUUACUGCUAAUGUGCUACUUCUACCACUACUACGACUAUUAUUUAUUUUAGUGAUUUGAAAUGACGAAUCAUCACUUUGUUGAUUUUGUUUUAUUAUUAUUUCUAUUUUCUCUGUUAAUACCUUUAAACAUCGUUCAUUUGUUUGUUUUUAUGUAUCUAUGUAUCUAAUGCUUCGUUGGCGCGGGUCGGAGGUGGUGGGUGGGUGCGUGUGUGAUACAGACAGAAAUACAGUCAACACGAUUUCUCCCCAUUGUGGGGGAUAAUAUGAAUAAUAAUCUUCAGUAUAUUUCUUUCUCCUCUCUUUCUGUGUCUGUCUGUGUGUGUGCGUGUUUGUGCAUGGCGUGGCGUUGUGUGGUAUGUGAUAAAAAUUACACCAAGACUCUUGGAAAUGUGUAUUAUCCAGUGGCGUUUUUCCCUUAUUUUGACUUUUGUUUUCGCUUGCUGUUAUUAUAAUUACUAUUAUAAAUACUAUUAUUUUUCUCCUGUUAAUUUCUGUGCCCGAUUAUCACAUUUUAGUUGUGUAGUAAGUAUUCCGCAGUCAGUAAUCAAGCUCCGCCCCGCUCACCCCGCCUCCUAUUGUGUGUUUAUGCAGUGACAAGUACCUUCAUUUUUUUUGUUUGUUUGUUCCGCGUUAAAUAUAUGCGUGUUUGUGUGUGUAUGUGCGUGCGGCUGCCUGCAGGCCUGUCUGCCUGCUUCCUUACAACUUAUUGUCGUUGUUAUCCCACUGAAUGUUCGACGACGACGACGCCAAAAACAACAACAAGAACAGUGGCUAAUAUUAUUAUCGUCAUCUGUCAUGGUUACCAUGCAAUAUGAAUGAAUGAAUGAAUAAAUCAAUGAAAUCAAUAGUGAUCAAUAAUCCUUUUCAUCAAUCAUAUUGAAACAGUUACCUAUGUCUUAUAUAUAUAUAUAUAUAUAUAUA